UAUGAAGUCUCGUCUAGCGAUUUGUCUAUUGUUUGCUUGUAUCGUCUGUCAGUUGAGCUCGAUCGUUGCGCGAGAGAUCUACAAGGAAGACGAUGAUCUAGCUGUGGCAGCCUCCCAUCAUCAUCAUCAUCACGAAGAGGGUGGUGGCGGAGAGCAUCAUUCUGAUCAUCACAGCAAUCACGGUGAUAAGGGUGAGAAAGGCUACAAGUCGUCUCACCAUCAGGAGAAAGGGGAAAAGGGACAUCAUGACAAAGAUCAUCACAGUGGUCAUUACGAUGAGGGUGAAGGCCACAAGAAGAGUCAUCAUCAUGACGAUGGUUAUUAUUCUGAACACCAUAAAGGAGAAAAGGGGGAGAAAGGACACAAAUUCCACGAAGAAGGUCACUACGGAAAAGGACACAACACGAAGGGACACCAUGAAGUUCAUAAAUUAGACGAAUUUAAGAAGGACAAAGAAUUCUUCGAUGAACACCAUGAUUCUGGACACCAUGAAGAUCAUGGUGGUCAUUACCACGAACAUGGUCACAAGAAGGGUGGACACUUUAAGAAGGGACAUCAUGAUCAUGGAGAUCACGAGGAUCAUUAUGGAAAGAAAGGACAUUAUGAAAAGGGACACCAUCAUCACGAUGAUAAAGGACAUAAGAGCGAAGGUGGGCACGAUGAGCAUCAUAGUCAUCACUCUCAUCAUGGCAAGAAAGGAGAACACGAUGAUCACAAGUCGUGGGGAUUCAAGAAAGGACAUUAAGCAUGAUUCCUAUUGAUUGUUAUGUUUGUUGAACAUCGUGUUAUGUUGAUCUUUGUAUCUGAUCGAAAUAAAUACAAUUUCUAAAAGAAAGUUAUUUGGUUUGAAAUGAACUAUUUUCUUGCUUGUAAAAUUGUUUGUUGCUUAAGUAGAGUUAUCUAUCGCGAUCAUGCUAUUUUGUUUCUAUGAAAAAUACGGUCAAUUUAUAUUAUAGGGAAAACAUUAAAAUACUUGGAUCCUUUGUGAUGUUUAUUACAAUUGUAAUUUACUUGAGUUAACAUCAAUUACUUUUUUAAAUAAUGAUAACUAUUUAAAAGAAUCCUUAAAUAAUUAUUAAUUUUGUUCUAUCACAAACUCUACUGAGAUACGAUCAGUUUAUUUAUAAAAAUCUUCGUUUAUUUGGAUAGCAGAGUGAAACAGUCUAGGAUUCAGCGGUUAUGUCAAAACUUUUGUUUAGCAAUACUUCUGUUCUAUUUGACAGAUUCGAAUCUAUCGAUUUGUAGUAAGUUUCCCAAUACUUUAAGUUUUUGCAUUAGACACGUUACGCUACACUAGCAGCCCUUAAAAAAUUAGGUCAAUAACACUUUCUAAAUUUAUAUUUUCCAAUUACAUCACUCGAUUAAGUAACAGUUAAGUAACAGUAACACGAUUUAAAUUCCGCAUUUCAAAUUAUUCCUGAUCUAUUUUUGUAGUUAAGUGCCACAUAUUUUAGACAUUUUUAGACAUAUCUAGACAAAAAAAUUUUGACAUAAAAAUUAACAUUAGGAAGAAUCACAGUAGUUAUGCUCUAUUUUUUUUUUAUUAUUAUGGAACGUAGUUUACGAUAUAAACAAAACAACAACACGGCUUAUAAUAUCACCGAUACAGUAAAUGAUACGAUAUCGAUCAAUCAUCUCCUUUAUGGAACUCGUGUAUU